ACAACAUCACAAGUGGGGGAAGGAAGGAGAAAGAAAAAGUGAAGAGGGAGAGCAAAGUGGUCAGGGUGUUGUUUUGGUUCCUCUGUGUUUCAGGGGGCUGUAUGACUCCUUCGUCCGAGCGAGCUGGAGAGAAAAAGGGGACAUAACCGCACCAACCUUUGACGUGAUGGGGGAGCAAGAGGGUGGGUGUGGGGUCUCUGUAGCUACUGCCGUAUAAAAAGCCAAGCCUGAGAAAACCGCACCACAAACUCACCACACACACAUACACACACAUACUCACAGUGGCUGCUCUGUAUCUCUCACGCUCACCCACUCUCAUUAUUCUCUUCCUCUCCCUCUCUCUGUCUCGCUCCCUCUGUCUCUCACUCCAUUCCUCUGGGCUCUGCAUAUUUCUUGCUUCUUCUCACAAGUCACAUUGUGUUUGUAAGUAUGCGCUGAAUGUCUCCCUGUGUAUGCUUGGGUUUCCUUAAGUCUUUUUCUAUGUUUGAGUGACUGCUUGCCUACUUGAGUGUGAGUGAGUGGAGAAGUGAGCUGUAUUAAGUGUAUGUGGGUCUCUGUCUCUCCCUCACACACUCGCGGCUCCUCUUGCAACUCUUCCUGGGAUCUCCAGGUCCCUUUCCUCGGUGACAGGCUCCCCACACUAAACAGUCACCAUUUCCGCCCCCGGGAGACCCACGCUGGCUGCGCAGCCCCUUCCCCGACUCAGCAUCGGGAGGAAGACCCUGGUGGCGGCUGCUGUGGGGGUUAUGCUGGUCCUGGUGCUGGUGGUACUCAUCCCUGUGCUUGUCAGCUCCGUGAGUACAGAUGCCAGCCACUAUGAGAUGCUGGGCACCUGUCGAAUGGUGUGCGACCCUUACACGAACAAGGGCACUCCAGCCAGCAGCACCAGCUCCACUGGUCUGCAGGGAGAGGCAGAGGCACUAACUGACCACAGCAAUGUUCUGCCACCAUCCACCCUGCAGCAGGGUCCGCAGGGAAAGCCUGGCAGGCCAGGAAAGCCAGGGCCACCUGGACCACCUGGACCCCCCGGACCACCUGGUGAACCGGGGCCACCAGGGCCAGCUGGGCCCCCAGGUGACAGAGGGGAUCAUGGAAGGACUGGGAUUUUGGGUCUGGGGGGUAACGGAGCUAUCAGCACAGCCACCUACAGCACAGUGCCCCGGGUGGCUUUCUAUGCCGGGCUUAAAAACCCCCAUGAAGGCUACGAGAUCCUAAAGUUUGACGACGUGGUCACCAAUCUUGGCAACAACUACGAUGGCAUUUCGGGCAAGUUCAUCUGCAGCAUACCGGGUACAUACUUCUUCAUCUACCAUGUGCUGAUGAGAGGAGGGGAUGGCACAAGCAUGUGGGCAGACCUCUGCAAGAACGGUCAGGUUCGUGCAAGUGCCAUUGCCCAAGAUGCUGACCAGAACUAUGACUACGCCUCAAACAGUGUCAUCCUCCAUCUGGACGCAGGCGAUGAGGUGUACAUCAAACUAGAUGGCGGCAAAGCCCACGGCGGCAACAACAACAAGUACAGCACCUUCUCUGGCUUCAUCCUUUACGCAGACUGAGAACAAACAGACAGAGACUGUCAAAAGAGGAUACUCAAAGGCAGAGUUUCAUGACAAGGGGGGAGGCUUUGUGUGUGUUAAAAAAAGCCAGAAUGCUUUCUAGUUUUCCGAAUUCUCUCCAUCAUUGCAGUCACCUCUGCUUCAUAUCCAUCAGCCAAGACAUUCAGGCUCCACAGCCAAGCCCGGAUGGAAAGCUCUCAGAGGACACACUAAGACCAGCUAGCAGGUGGCGUGGGAGGAGUGGGAUGUUAGAUGGGCUGGUUUUCCGCACCCCUUGCCACAUUACCGACGUGUCAGAAGCUCCUCACUUACAGCGUCUCUCCUCUUUAGCCCUGCUCCAUUGCACAGAGAUAUCAACAGAAACGACAACCCUGCAAAAGUGGAUGAUUUCACCUGUUUACUCCACAGUGGCAGCAGUCAGCUGUACCUUCAGUGGACUGGACUGACUGAAGCUUGUAGUGUUGUUCCGUGCAAAUUUACCUAGAUUGUGUUUUUAUUUUGUUGACAUGCAUACUAUUCUACACAAAAGAGAUCUAGAAAAAAAAGAAUAUAUAUUUGUCCCUUGUGAAGAUAUCCUGUUUGAAUGAGAGAUGUUAAUCGUGAUGCAUAUAAGAGAUCUAACAGUUGGAAAAGAAAUAUUUAAAUCAAGACUUUCAGUAUUCUAUUGCAGUGGGUGUUUUUUUCCUUAUUGGGUAUUACAAGGUAUCUACUGUAUAUAUUAUUCAUGUGGAGAAUAAUUAUACAUUCUGCACUUUCAAUAUAUAUUAAAAAGGUAACAUCACGUAUAGAUAAUGCCCCUCUCACACUGUUUCUUGCACUGUCACACAAUGUCCUGCUUCUGUUCAGAUUAAAGCAGACUUUAAAUAAUCUUUUCAUUGUUCUGGCUUCAUGUUGAAGCUCCAGUUGGCACAACAAGCCAUGUGAAGAAGUUAAAUCUUAGGAUUCAAGGGUCACAUAGCACUGAUACUUUCUUCUUCUGUGCUGCCCUGGUCUUUGAGCUUUCUUAGGCAGCAAAAAAAUAAAUAAAUUGGGCUUUUGAUGCAGAGAGCAGAAGGGAGAGUCCACCAGAUGGGGAGGUAAAGAAGGCACGGGAGCAGUGUAACAGUGAGUGCGCAGAUUUUCUGUUUCAGUGCAUUUUGCUGGAUGUCAUCCAUUCAUUAGCUGCAUAUGCAGUGACAUACAGACACUGUUGGUAAGAUCUAUUCAACAUAGUGGCCUGACAGAUUGUAUGGUGAUGAAACUGAUUGGAUUGGUGAACUUGCCUCUCGCACGUCUGAGUGUGUUUAUGUGUGUGUGUAUGAAGCAGUACAUGUGCAUAUCAGUGCGUGUCUGCCGUUUAGCAUGUGCCGUGCCACAACAUCAUUGUUUUUUUUGUUUUUUCUCUUUCUCCAGAGUUGUAGUAUGCUAUGCUACAGCCAAUGACAGAUAUUUACUGGGCAGCCAAUGAGAUUGUGCUCUUUAGGGUGGAGCCUCUAUAGAUACAGAGAGAAAAACAAACAGCUUGUAAUUGAAAUCUAUGACUUGUUUAUCAUAUCUUUUGGAACUGUUGAAUACAUUUAAAUAAUAAAUGGGAUUUUUUUUUUUUGAGUGACUCGUCUCAAGAGAGUUCUUGAAUCCCAAAUACACUAAUUAGGGAAAAUGAUUUUCAAAGGAUCUAAUUCACUCUGCGAGACUAACUAGCUAAAGCAAACAUUAUGCCUGGAAAAUUGUGUUUCUUGUUCUGUGUAAACAUUGAAUCCUAAUAAUGGACUCACAGAGAAAACAAUAAUAAUAAAAAAAGAUCCCUUCAGCUGAUCCCUAGUCUAUCUUAUGCCUCAAAGGAGGGAAGUAUAUUUAGGGUAAGUGGCAUCUUGGGAGAGAUGUUUAUUCAACCCAAAAUUAUUCCUGAGCUUCUCUACAUCUGGAAAAGGUGCACUUGCAGAUAAUGACUUUCCAACUAUGGCAACAUUAAGUGGUGGAGUUAAAAUAACAGCACUCACAAAACUGCUUUGAAUGGAGACGAGUCCCUAAGUGAGAGCAGGCUAUUCCUCAGUUGGUAAUCACAGUGUCUUUUAACAGAUUCCCAUCGACAGAGGUAAGAUAUACCCGGUGAGAAAGUGAGGAUGGAGGAGAAUUUAUGGGGGGAGGAAAGAUAGGUGAGAAGCAGAAUAUAGCUUGACAAAGACAGAUGGAAAUACGAGAGAAAGAGUGGGCUAUUGAGAGAGGUAAUGGGGAGGGAAUGGAUAGGGAGGAGGAGGGCAAAGUGAAAUCUAAGGAAGACAGACAGACAGAGAGGCAUGCUGAUGCCGAUUUGGGGUGACGAGAAAGGAGUGCCGGAUUGUUUUCAGGGUAGACUGAUUCCCUAUCGGGACUGUGUAAGGUGUCAGGAGAGAUUAGUGAGCGUGAAGCUGGAGGGGAGAGGUUGCGAUAGCUUUAGAUUGGACGAGUGUCAAGGGCUGGACAUUCCUCCGACUUGCCAAGAAUGGGAUGUGACACUGUUUGCCCUACCUUGAUCCUUAGAGAAGCAUGCAACAAUCUGUCUGUCAUUUUACUGUUUCCCUGAAGUAUGCAACAAGUUAAUCACAUUCACAGCUUUGGAAAUUAGCACUUUUACAGUGUAACUUUAAAGACAUGAAUAAAAACAUGAAUAAAAACUUAACAUUAUUAUAGCAAGGUGGCUACCAGCAAUGUAGAAAUGUCAAAAAUCUGACCAUUUUCUGUAGGUUUCCAUUCAUUCAUCCAUCUACUCAUUCAUUUUUGUGGUUUGUGCUUAAAUAAAGUCAUGCAGAAGGAAGCAUGUUGACACAAGUCAGACAUUUUAUGUACCAUGUGAAUAUUUUAAGUUAAUAUUUUCUUAGAUAGCACAAAGUAGAUUUAGAGAUACAUUUCAUAAAUAACUUCUGCUUAAGACAAUUUGCUUUUAAUUUGUUUUUAAUCCUUUUUAAUCAGAUAAUUUAAUAUUUUUCCAUUUACCAUUGAAAUAUUUUCUUCAAGUUUUUUUUCUGUCAAUGAAAUUUCACUUGGGCUAACUCACACACACACACACACACACACACACACACACACCCACACACAUGCUUACACACACUUAUAGUGCAUCCUCUUCUUUGCAGCACUUGUUCCACAUUUACAAGUAUUCUUUGCCAUGUUGCUUAAAAUAGUUUUUUUCAUUCUUUAAUCAUUUUUUUUAAAGUUUUCUUCCACUUUGCUAUUAAGGGACAGGGAGUUUAGAUUUAUGAUGGAAAUAAAUAAAUAUAAUCUAUUAUGGAAUAAGGACCUAACAUAACAAAAUGAGGAGAAAGUGAAGAGCUGUGAAUAAUUUCCAGAUGCACUGUACACUUGUAUGCGUGUGUCAUGGUAUUCCUUUGGUAAACUCAGUGAGAUCUGCAAAGUAUGCAUUCAGUGUAGGGUCUUAAGAUGAUUUCUGGAUGGAAAAUAAAUAAAUACAUAAAAUCACUCUUCAAACAUACUUUGAUUAUUGUUAUAAGAAAAAAUAUAAUUAAUAAAUAAAUUAAAUUAGCUUUAAAUUUGUUGGUCUUGUUUUGUUUAAUGGCUUCCUAUUUGUACUAAAGCCUGUAGUGAGCUACUGGACGACCUAAAACAUUUGUAGAUAAUGCUAUCCGGGUAUUAACUACAAACUUAAAAACUGCAUGCUCUGACAUUGCUUGUUAGGUACUAGAAACCAGAUUUGCACAGUGUAAAGAAACAAAACAAAAAAAAAAGGAUUUUGCAACAAUGUGAAAAAAAGUGGUAUUCCAGACAAAGGGCCAGUAACACAAUUAUCUAACUGGUUAUUCACUUGUUUUACAGCUUUUUCCAUUUUUUCCCUGACAGAUAUUAAUUGUUAAGCUUAUUUACCUUUUAAGGAACAGAUAACUCUGACUACUCCUCUGUUGGUUGCAACAACUGCACAUCAGCACGUGCAAAGUGCAUCCAGGUGUGGGUAAUGUUGCUAGCGUUACCAUUUUAGAUAAGCAAUAUAGGCUGGGUUCAACAGACUUCAUAUAGUACAGCUAUUACCACGUCUUUGCUGUCUCUUAUUUUGUUUUUGAAGCCUUCAGUGUGAAUUGUAUGCUUUAUGCAUGAGUUUAACAGUUGAAGAACACCCUGAAAUGUUUUGCUCAUUAACUGAGCCCUAACAAUUAUUUACAAUAAUUAACAACCCUCAUUAUGUGACGCGUCAAAUUUUACAAAUUAUAUUACUGUUCUAAAUUUAUUCUAAUGGAGAUAGUUUUCACUGUAGUUUUUUAUAACAUAAGGAGUAGUGAUUUUCAAUGUUUACUCGAUAAAAUACCUUUGGCCUGACUGUUUUGCUUGGUACUCUGACAUAAAACUAUAUUUGAACAUUU